AUGGCAGCGAUCGCAUUUCGCAAAUACGCAAAAACCCUCACCCUCUCAACAAACCACACCUACAGCUACAUCCUUGUCCCACCGCGAACCCCGACAAAAUCAACAAUCCUAUUCCUCCACGGCUUCCCAUCAUCCAGCUAUGACUGGCGACACCAAAUAAACUUCUUCGCCGCCACUGGACACGGUGUCCUAGUUCCAGAUCUACUCGGCUACGGCGGGACUAGCAAACCAUCCUCUGCGACCGAGUAUAGGGCCAAGGGUAUGGCGGCGGAAAUAAUCGAGAUCCUAGAUUAUGAAGGCAUGCUUGACGGUGUUCAUGCAGUCUCGCAUGAUAUGGGUAGUAUUUUGCUUUCGCGAUUGGUCAAUUACUUCCCGGAUAGAUUGCUCUCGACGACGUUUCUGGUUGUGCCGUAUUCGAAACCUGGGGAGCGGUUUGAUCUUGAGGCUGUUAAUGGUAUGACUAAACAACUUCUGGGAAAGGAGAGGUUUGGGUAUAUUGGGUUUUUUGUUUGCGAUUAUGCUGGUGCAUUGCUUGAUGAAUAUAGCGACUCCUUCUUCAGCCUCUUUUAUCCAAAAGAUCAUAAUAUCUGGAACGAUCAUAUGGGUCCGUCUGGCGCGAUGGAGACGUGGCUACGGGCAGAUCGUCAUGCAGAACUAGCGCCGUAUAUAACGGAGGAAGAACGGAGCGUUCAUCAGCAGAUCAUGGUUGGAUACCACACAUCCGCGCUAAACUGGUAUCGAGUAUUGGUUGGGAACUUGAAUGUCCAGGACGAACUUGAGGCUGGCUUGCCUGUCAAAAUACCAUGUCCUACUUUGAUGGUCCUGCCACCUGCCCUCGCCGGUCAAUUUGCGGGGAGUUUGACAGAGUCAAGUGAGAUUGCGGAUGAUUUGACGAUCAAGAGUGUCAGUACUUCUGGUCACUGGGUGCAAAUAGAAGCUAGGGAUGAGGUUAAUUCUAUGUUACUGGAUUUCUUCGAGAGGGUAGAUAGUGGAGUUCCAGUGGGACCAUCGGCAGCAUAG